AUCCAAAAGGGAUAAGAUGUCCCUGCUUCUGUCCCUCCACCUUCAAAAUUAAACAGGCAUGGCCUUGCGAGUCCACCCUACGAGCCUGACCAGUCCUUUCCUUCUCCCUUCUCCCUGCUCUCACUCCAACCUCUCCAAAAUCCCCCAUUUCCAAACCCUAAGCCUAAAAAGCCGAAGCUUUCGGUCUCGGAAACUCAAGGCCCUUCCCAGGGGAUUGCGCUCCCCAACGAUAACUGCAGCUCUCCCUCCCCUCGAUUUAAACGAGGACAACAUCCGCCAGGUCCUAAUCGACGCUAGAUCGGAGUUUGCACAGAUAUUUGAUUCCUCAGUCGGCAUAACAGGUGAAGUUGAUCUUGCUGAAUUAGAUGGCCCCUUUGUUAAGCUUAGACUUCAAGGCCGGUUUUGGCAUCAGCGAGCUAUAGUCCUAGCACGUCUCGGUAAUUAUCUCAAGAAUAGGAUCCCGAUUCAGGAUUAAAGACUGCCUUGAGUAAUGAGCUCAAAAUCACUUAUCUAAUUGACACAAAUCACUCCUCCUUGUGAUUGAUUGGUGGAAGUUCUACUCCUGUAUAUUGGGUCAGGUAAGUGUUGAGUCAGCUUAGCAUGCUCUUAUGAAGACGUUCCCACUUCUCCAACAAGGAUACUAUGGCAUUGUGCUGUUGAUAGUUCUUGGGUAUAUGACAGUAGCAGGAGUUUUGGCAUGUACUUGGAAGGAUCUAAUUUCAAGUCAAAUGAUACAUGUAAAAGGAGGAGUUUCAGAUAAUUAAAGUUAGUAUUCUAUAGUGAAAUAGUUUAUGUUGUGGUUGACUUACCAACUGGAGGUAGCAAAGGAUUGCUUUUGUCAACAAUUUCUUAGUUAUAUAGGAAGAUGAAGUUAGAUGCAACAGUCUUACUGAUCUGAGUUUUACCCUUAUGCUCUUGCAAAAACACCAUCACUUGCACAUUCUUCUGCUUUGUCGUAAUCUUUAUCAAAGCCACCUUCCAUUCUAAAAUGAAAAGUUAACAAUAAGAAGAUUGUAGCAAGAUCAAAAAGAAGAAUGCUUGGUAGCUCAUGUAUUACCCUAGUAAGGUACUUUCUGGACUUGAGGUGUGGAGAUAAUCUUAGAAACACAAAGGUGUGCAGUUGAUGCCUUUUAUCCUUUCUUCCCUUGCUAUAGAAGUUCUACUGGUAAAGUUAAGUGAGCAUAAGUGAGGAGAGUGAUGAGUAUUAUUAUGUAGAAGCGAAGGCCUACUGCUUCCCUUGCGUAAAAAUUAAGGAGAAAAUUUUGCAAAGCACAAGUACUAUACUAAUAAACUUGAUGUCUUGUUUGUGUUUCUAGAAAUAUAUCAAGUAAAACAGACAAGUAAUCAAAAAUAUUUUGCAUUAUCGCAUUUAGCACAAUGUCUAAUUCACAAAUACUAUUCCAUUAUAUCUUGUACUUUUAUGCUAUCUUGAAUUAUAGAACUUUUUGAUACUUUUACCGAAGACUUUGCAUUAAUACUUAGUCAUGCUUCCAUUCUUUUCUUUGUCAGAGUUCUAAAUCUUUCUUAAUCUAUGCCUACAUUAAAUUCUUAUACAAUAAUUUAUGGAUCAAACAGUUAUGAAAUGCUAACAGAAGCAAAAUAUUAUAGCAUUUAUUCAAAAAUGUUUGAGUUUCCUGGUAUCAACCACUGAUACAAUCAGACCCGUGAAUUUUAGAAUCUAAUUAGUUUUUAUUAAGAACAUGAUUGUUUUUGGCUUGUGCCUUUUCAUUUUGUUUUCUUUGUUCAAUCUACAUUUUAAAUUUUAUAAACAUAUUUAUUGUUUAUUAGCCAAGCUUUACUGAUGAAUGUUUUCUCAGUAAAGUUAAAAGUUGAUUUUCUCAGCCCACUCCACGGGCAUGCAAAAAAAAAACAAAAAGAAAGAAGAAACAAAGAAAGAAAAAAAGGUGCUGUUUACUUGGACUCUAUAUCAACUUACUGGGCAUCUAUACCCAUAAAAAUAGUCAUCACCAUUCAUAUGUAUCAUUUAAUCUUGAUACUGAUCAUGAAUAUAAUUUGAAAUAUUUUACUACUAGUUAAUUAACCAAGGUUACCUCGACUUCGUUUGGCUUAUAAAUCUGUAUCAAAUAUGUAUCCAACUCGGAUAUGUAUGAGAUACCUCAAUAUUGUGAAGUUCUAGAGUUGUCACUUUCAAAGAUUGGUGGAGAGUUGAACUCUUCCAACAAUGAAUUUGACCCUUCAUAGAAGUGAGUAUUUAUUCUUCUUAAUGAUUGGCCAAGGAUGUAGGUAUUGAAAUUAUUGGGAAGUUUGAAUGAGAAACAUCUUUAUUGUAAGACCUCAACAAACAUUAUCUCUGUAUUGUUUAUUUUUAAUGUUUAAACAAACGAUAUCCAUGGUAUAAAUAUAUGUAUAAUUCAGUUAAAA